UUGAACUUUCAAAAAUAUGUUUCUACUGUCACGGUUGUGGCUGCUAGGGCUGUUGGCCUGCAGUUUGGUCAGUGCAGAAUAUUUUACGAGAACCGCUGACAAGGACUUCCUGAUAAAACAAAAGAGGGUCUACAAUCUUCUAUAUCAUAUCCGUCAACCAUCCCUAACGAACAUUUCGUGGUAUAAUGAGGGUCAAGAAUGGGACCUCGAGGCCAACAUCAAUUUGUACUCCAACCCGGGUGCAGUAAAGGAAUUCCUUUACAUGUACAAAAAUGGAAUGCUUCCGCGAGGAGAAUUAUUUUCGGUUUACUAUCCAAAACUCGUUAAGGAACUGGAAGCUCUGUUUAAGCUGUUCUAUUAUGCAAACGAUUUCGAUACUUUCUACAAAACGGCUCUUUGGGCGAAAAACAAUAUGAACGAGGCCCAAUACUUUAUGGCCCUUUAUAAUGCGGUAAUAAGAAGACCAGACACAAAAUUCAUCCAACUGCCACCUCCGUACGAAAUGUACCCCAACUUAUUCUUCAACUCUGAAGUCCUAGAAAAAGUCCACCACGUGUCAAUGUUUGGUACACCAGAGAAGCAGGCACUUGCAGGAUACAAAGGAUACGUAAUCCCAGCAAACUAUUCCGGCUGGUAUCUGAAUCGCGAGUACAAUUUGGAAAAUAAACUCAAUUAUUUCGUUGAAGAUAUCGGCUUGAAUACUUACUACUUUUUCUUCCGUUUAUCAUACCCAUUCUGGAUGGAUUCCAAGGAAUUUAAUUUACCAGACACCCGCGGAUUGGAAUACCUAUAUGGACACAAAUUAUUACUGAACAGAUACAACUUGGAAAGACUUUCCAACGACUUACCUGCACUCGAGGACUUCGAUUGGCAGAAACCAUUCUACGCCGGUUACUAUCCUAGCAUGAUUUAUCAAAACGGGUUGCCAUUCCCUCAAAGGCCAGACUGGAGUAACUUCCCUGUUUACAAAUACAAAUACAUUAAGGAUAUUACGGAGAAGGAAUCGAGAAUAACGGCUGCAAUUGACUCUGGUUACGUUCUGAGUAAUAAUAGCAAGUGGUACAACAUCUAUACUCAAAACGGUUUGAAUAUUCUUGGAAAUAUACUCGAGGGUAACGUCGAUUCCUAUAACCGUAACUUCUAUGGUAGCAUCGAUGCUCUUGGCAGGAAAAUCCUUGGUUAUAAUCUAGAACCAUCGACCAAGUACCAAAUCUAUCCCAGUGCCUUGGAAACUUUCUCUGCUUCAAUGAGAGACCCUGCCUUUUAUCGCCUCUACAAGAGAAUAAAUAGCUAUUACGAUAGGUACAAUAUGCAUCAGACACCAUAUAAGAAAGAUGAGAUUGUCUAUCCCAAUUUGAAAGUCGAAUCAUUUUCUGUUGAUAAACUGGUUACAUAUUUUAGUCAAUUUGAUGCAACAAUUAGCAAUGGCUUAUUAGUUGAUAAACAAAUUGAUGAACAAAACUUGUUAUUAAUUAAAAUUAGACAGUACCGUUUGAAUCAUAAACCAUUCAAUUUCCACAUUGGUAUCAAUUCUGAUAAACCAAUGAAGGCAGCUAUCAAAAUUUUCCUUGGACCAAAAUAUGAUGCACACCACAAACAAAUUGAACUUUCAGAAUAUCUUAAAUACUUUUAUGAAAUUGACAAUUGGAUUCUUGAUUUGAAUGCUGGUCUAAACAAAAUUGUACGUAGCAAUCAAGACUGCUACUUUACAAUACCUGACCCAGAACCCAGUGAAGUAUUCUACACCAAACUCGAGGCUUCUCUCAACAGUGGCAAACCAUUCACUUACGGUGAAAGAAUCUUUGGAUUCCCAGAAAGACUGUUACUACCAAAGGGUAAAAAGGAAGGAAUGCCAUUCCAAUUGUUCUUAUACAUUAGUCCAGUCUCUACGGAAUACCAAUACACUUCCAGAGUAUGGGGUGAUUACAAAUUCGAUAAUAAACCAUUUGGUUUUCCAUUAGACAAGCCUCUCUAUGAUUUUAAUUAUGAUGGACCUAAUAUGAUGUUCAAAGAUAUUCUUAUUUAUCACAAGGAUGAAUAUGACAUGAAUAUUACUUAUUAAUUAUUGCCUUUUUUCACUUGUAUC